AUGCUCGCCGAUCGAUUUACUGGAGUUGUGCUGGGGGCGGCACAGGUACCUUCUGCCGGGUCCUCUCGUGGGGAUUGCCAACCUCCUGUUGAACCCAAGGUUCGGGAAGUGAAGGUUGCUUUGCGGGCAGGUGGCCUUGACGCCAAGUACUUGGAUGAGGAGUUUGACAGGCUGAAGAGCAAGUCAAGCAUUCGCCCCUCACUUCCGGAGGACCUUGCCCAGGGUGGCUAUACGGAGUUCAUGCAAGAGACUUUGGCUGCUUGGAGGGAUUUCAUGGACUUCAAACCAGAAAGGGAUGAUCGUUUUGAGGAAGGUGACAGAAAAUCCCGUGGCAAAAUCACGUGGAAGAAACGGCUGCGGCAAUUGGCUACCAUUGUCCAGCACGGCCUGCAAAAAGAAGAAAUCAUGAGCAUGUAUGCUGGCUAUGAACUUUAUCCAGCGAUGGCUGGAACAUAUUGGCUUCGAAAGAUUGAUAGCGAAUCACUGAAGCUGCGCAGCGAGGAGCAGGCCCUGCUAGCCACAAUCUUGGAGAUUGCCGGACCGACCCGACUGUCGCGAGCCAUCCGCCGCUGCCAGCCUCAGCAGGCCUGUGCCUGUCACUUUGUGGCAUGUGCCCCAACUUCGAGUGGCGAAGGGCAGCUGUUGGCACUCGAGCUGUCGUCAAAGCGAUUUAAGUGGGUGCAGGGUCAGGCAUUGCCACCAACUGCGGCCGCGGGUGUCAAGCACUUGGCCCUGAUGGGUGCUGGAGCUUUCAAGAACCCGAACUUCUGGCUUCAAGCGAUCCCUGCUAUCAGGGUGCUACAGUUGAGUGUUCCAAACUCCAUGCAGGUCAUCGGCAACAUUUCAACCCUUCUCAAGGGUUGGAAGGAUGAAUUGUUGAGUCUUACCGUGCACUGGGAUUCGGAUGAAAACCAUGACCAUCCGGCAGAAGCACCCCCCCCGCUUCUCGAGUCAAUUUGCUCGCUGAAGAAGUUGAGGAGAUUGGAGUUGAACGGACACAUCAGACGCUUGCCCGGCUGCCUCGGCGAGCUGCCUUUGGUGGAAUUGGAUGUUCGCGGCUUGCAAUUCAGGGACGACUCGGCCUUACCAUCAGCCUUGUCAUCGCUGGGGAGGACGCUCGUGAACUUCAUUGCCUACUCGCAGGGUUUGGAUCGAAGUUGCAACCAUUUGCCUCCCUGGAACAAGACCUCCCCUGACUUCUUGACAAGGUGUCGCGCGAGACCUUCUUGGGAUAAAGCAGAGCCCAUAGAUUCAACUAACGAAGAUGCCUGGGCUUGGCAAUGCCCUUGGGAGGGCUGGGUUGGCAGAUUGGACAACCCUUCUGCACCUUGGUGGUCUUGGCAUAAGAUCGAGCGGUUCUGGGUGGAUGCGAAUUUCCUGUAUGGUCCCUUUCCCGAUGGUUUAGCGGAAUCCUGGCCGAGCUUGCGAAGUCUGGAUCUUCAACUGAAUGAGCUGUCUGGCCCUCUGCCCGGGAAAGCUUUGUCCAAACUGGAGAACCUCACAGCCCUCCGAGUCCAUCGCAACAACUUCUCAGGCAAUGUGCCAGCUGAAAUAUUUGAGGCUCCAAGCUUGCGAUACACGAACUUCGAGGGGAACUCCGAACUGACUGGAUGCAUACCAGUGAGGACAGAUGAGGAAAGCUGGCUCCAACUUGACUUGCCCAUUCAGGGCACACAAAUCACAGGCUUAUGUAGUGGAAACAGCGAGCAAGAGAGAGCGGAGCUGUGA